UCAAUUGAUCAAGAAGAAAGAAAACAGUACAGCCUUUGAAAUGUUUUCUUUACAAGGAAGUGAUGACAUGUUGAUUCAGAUUCUCUCAAAGCCUUGCCAACAAAACAAGAUCUCUCAAGAUCCGGUUAUGGAUUUUGCUUCUCUGGAGACACGUACUCAUCCUCCUCCAAAUAUUAUAAACAAUAAUUCCCAAAAAAAGAGAAAAAGAAUAUUAGGUACUACUAAUGAUGAAAUGGCAACUAUUCCUGAUGAUGAUUACAAGCUUAGAAGGAUUAUGCAUAGAGAUAUAGAACGUCAAAGAAGACGGGAAAUGUCUGCCCUUUACUCUUCUCUCCGUUCUCUCCUUCCUCUGCACUAUGUCAAGGGAAAGCGUUCAGUAUCGGACCAUAUGCAUGAAGCUGUGAAUUAUAUAAAAGAAAUGCAAGCAAACAUCAAUGAAUUGGAAAAACGGAGAGACUUGCUAACUAAAUCGUCAGGUCCACAUGGAACUGAAAAUGGUUGCCCAAAUAGUUUCACAGUUUCCCCAGAUUGUGUCACAGUGAGCGUUGACUGCCAAGGUGGUAUACAAAUUUUAAUUAGCGUUGAUUGUAAGGGAAAAUGUUUUCCUCUUUCAAGAUUGCUGCGUGGGAUUCUGAAACAAGGGCUUAAAGUCGUUAGUUGUGUUGCUGCAAAAUCGAAUCAAAGGUCACUCUACACAAUUCAGACCGAGGCAUGUGAUAUGAACAACAUCGAUCACCUGGCACUGAAACAAAAAGUGAUUGAUAUGAUCAACUUGGACCUGUAGCUUUUAAUAACAUACCAUCCAGGUGUAUUUAUACAAGGUUUUAGCAUUAGGCACAUGGUCAGAGUUCAGAACUUAAUUAAGAAACAAAAAAAUAACAAACCUUUGGUACAAGGAUAGUUUGUAGAGACUAGAGAAUACCUUGUUGCAGCUUUCAUUAAUGGUCUGGUGUUGCGAUGUAUAUAAAGCAGUGAGGAGGAAAAAAAAAGAUUUUCUACUUUUCUACUUCAUGAGCAUAGUAUGUUUGACUUGUAAGAGAUCAGUGAAUGAAUAUCAUCGGAAAAUGGUUAUGGACACUAA